ACGACUUGUGAUAAUCGGCAGGGAUCUCUCACACAUGUGAGCCCGACCACGAGAGAGCUGCAAUUGGGCGACGCUUGUGUGGUCUCUACAACGAUGGCCCUUCUCAUUUCCAACCCAAGCAGUCUCAUCUCCUUCUCUCCUUCGUUUCCUUCCAAAUGGAGGACGAGAAGCUCUACGAAGCCUCUACUCCACCUUCAUCACUCCCCAAUUCCUUCUUUCUCUUCUCAAAAGCCUCUGAGAGCGUCGACGCAGCAGCCCAAGUACGUGUAUCCUGACCCCAUUCCCGAAUUCGCUGAAGCUGAAACCAGGAAGUUCCGAAGCCAGCUUCUAAAGAAGCUCUCCAAGGACAAGGAUACUUUUGGCAACGACAUGGAUGCAGUUGUGAAUGUUUGCACUGAGGUUGGCGUGGCUGUGAAAAACCAGAUAUUUAAUGACUUCUUGCAUAAGGAAUACGGAGGUCCAGGGACACUCUUGGUGGAACCUUUUACAGACAUGUUGUUAGUUCUCAAGGAGAAGAAACUGGCAGGAGCUCCCAUGGCUGCACGGGCUGCUCUCUUAUGGGCUCAAAACUACGUUGAUCAUGACUGGGAAAUCUGGACCUCGCAACCACCGAACUGAUUUGGUCAGUUCCAUAUCACCAUUGGUAUCAUUUCUCGCACUUAGCAGCAUGUAGCUACUCUAUUCUGUGGUGGACAGGAAACUACUCUGCCAUAGGUCUUUGAAAAUGUAGAAUGUUAGUAUGAACGACUACAUGGAAAGUUUAUACCCUUUUUAUCA